GCGCGUGGGACGCGCGUGCGGCGGCCGCCGCCGGGCCCCGAGAGCGGCGGCUGCGGCGGGACCCUGCGCCUGCAGGGGGAGGCCACGCCGCAAGCCCCGAGCGCAGCACGCCGGGGCCACCCAGGAGCCCCAGGCUGCGCCGCGUCAUGCGGCGGGGCGGCAGGCGUCGCGCGGGGGGACACGGGUUUGGCGUCGCGCCGCUCCCGCCUUUACGCACUCGGGGCGCCUUCCGCUCCCGACCAGAGGCCAACUAAAGCCGUUCAGGGAAAGCAAGACAAGUACUCGUGGGGCCCGAGUCGGCGUCCCCCGCCCCGGAGCUGCGACUGCCCAGCGGACUCUCCCCGGGGGGUGGGGUGUGUGCGCGUGGGGGGCUUCCCUCCUCGGCAGGGGAGAGGCGAAGCGGCAGCCGCGCCCGGGGGCGCAGUCCGCUGACCUCCCCGCCCCCGCUCGCUCGCCCCCCGCGUGUCGGGGCUUGUCCCGGCACUCCCGCUUGCGGAGGCGCGCGGCGCUCACCUCCUGCGGGAGGGGUCCUGCUCGCCUCCCCGAGAGCGCGUGGCUUUGAACGUCCGCCGCGGCGGGGGCGGCCGCCCGCGUAGGUGGGACGCUAGAGGCCCGGCGCCCGGCUUGUCGGCCGGAUCGAUGCCCCUUUCCGAGUGAGCCGACGGCGCCCCCACCCACCCCGUCCGCGCUCCUCUCCACCUCCUCCUCCGCUUCCUCUCCGGUCUCCUCCCUCCUCCGGGCCCGCCUGCCAAUGGCUUCGUUCCCCGAGACCGACUUCCAGAUCUGCCUGCUGUGCAAGGAGAUGUGCGGCUCGCCGGCGCCGCUCUCCUCCAGCUCGUCCGCCUCGUCGUCGUCCUCGCAGACUUCCACGUCGUCGGGGGGCGGCGGCGGGGGCCCCGCGGCGCGCCGCCUGCACGUCCUGCCCUGCCUCCACGCCUUCUGCCGCGCGUGCCUCGAGGCGCACCGGCUGCCGGGCGCGGGCGGCGGCGCCCCGGGAGAGCCGCUCAAGCUGCGCUGUCCCGUGUGCGAGCAGAAAGUGGUGCUGGCCGAGGCGGCGGGCAUGGACGCGCUGCCUUCCUCCGCCUUCCUGCUCAGCAACCUGCUGGACGCCGUCGUGGCCACGGCCGACGAGCCGCCGCCCAAGAACGGGCGCGCCGGCGCGGGCGCGGGCGGUCACAGCAACCAUCGGCACCACGCGCACCCGCACGCCGCCGCCGCCUCGGCGCCGCCGCCGCCCGCGCCGCCGCCGCCCGCGCCCGCUCGCGCCGCGCCCGGCGGCCCGGCCGCCUCCCCGUCGGCGCUGCUGCUGCGGCGGCCCCACGGCUGCAGCUCGUGCGACGAGGGCAACGCCGCCUCCUCGCGCUGCCUCGACUGCCAGGAGCACCUGUGCGACAACUGCGUCCGCGCGCACCAGCGCGUGCGCCUCACCAAGGACCACUACAUCGAGCGCGGCCCGCCGGGGCCGGCCGCCGCCGCCCAGCAGCUCGGCCUCGGGCCGGCCUUCCCCGGAGCGCCCUUCUCCAUCCUCUCCGUGUUUCCCGAACGUCUCGGUUUCUGCCAGCACCACGACGACGAGGUGCUGCACCUGUACUGUGACACCUGCUCCGUGCCUAUCUGCCGUGAGUGUACCAUGGGCCGCCACGGAGGCCACAGUUUCAUCUACCUCCAGGAGGCGCUGCAGGACUCACGGGCUCUCACCAUCCAGCUGCUGGCUGACGCCCAGCAGGGCCGCCAGGCGCUCCAGCUGAGCAUCGAGCAGGCCCAGACGGUCGCGGAGCAGGUGGAGAUGAAGGCCAAGGUGGUCCAGUCGGAGGUGAAAGCGGUGACGGCGCGUCACAAGAAAGCUCUGGAGGAGCGCGAGUGUGAGCUGCUGUGGAAGGUGGAGAAGAUCCGCCAGGUGAAAGCCAAGUCCCUGUACCUGCAGGUGGAGAAGCUGCGCCAGAGCCUCAACAAGCUGGAGAGCACCAUCAGCGCGGUGCAGCAGGUGCUGGAGGAGGGCCGGGCCCUGGACGUGCUGCUGGCCCGGGACCGCAUGCUGGCGCAGGUGCAGGAGCUGAAGAGCGUGCGUAGCUUCCUGCAGCCCCAGGAGGACGACCGGGUCAUGUUCACCCCCCCGGACCAGACCCUCUACCUGGCCAUCAAGUCCUUCGGCUUCGUCAGCAGCGGGGCCUUCGCGCCCCUCACCAAGGCCACGGGCGAGGGCCUCAAGCGGGCCCUGCAGGGCAAGGUGGCCUCCUUCACCGUCAUCGGCUAUGACCACGACGGGGAGCCCCGGCUGUCCGGCGGCGACCUGAUGUCCGCCGUGGUCCUGGGCCCCGACGGCAACCUGUUCGGGGCGGAGGUGAGCGACCAGCAGAACGGCACCUACCUGGUGAGCUACCGGCCGCAGCUGGAGGGCGAGCACCUGGUGUCCGUCACCCUGUGCAACCAGCACAUCGAGAACAGCCCCUUCAAGGUGCUGGUCAAGUCGGGCCGCAGCUACGUGGGCAUCGGGCUCCCGGGCCUGAGCUUCGCCAGCGAGGGCGACACCGACGGGAAGCUGUGCCGCCCCUGGGGCGUGAGCGUGGACAAGGAGGGCUACAUCGUCGUGGCCGACCGCAGCAACAACCGCAUCCAGGUCUUCAAGCCCUGCGGCGCCUUCCACCACAAGUUCGGCACCCUGGGCUCCCGGCCCGGCCAGUUCGACCGGCCCGCCGGCGUGGCCUGCGACGCCUCCCGCCGCAUCGUGGUGGCGGACAAGGACAAUCAUCGCAUCCAGAUCUUCACCUUCGAGGGCCAGUUCCUCCUCAAGUUCGGGGAGAAGGGCACCAAGAACGGGCAGUUCAACUACCCUUGGGAUGUCGCCGUGAAUUCCGAAGGCAAGAUCCUGGUCUCCGACACGCGAAACCACCGCAUCCAGCUGUUUGGCCCCGACGGAGUCUUCCUCAACAAGUACGGCUUCGAGGGGGCGCUCUGGAAGCACUUUGACUCCCCCCGGGGCGUGACCUUCAACCACGAGGGCCACCUGGUGGUCACCGACUUCAACAACCACCGGCUGCUGGUCAUCCACCCCGACUGCCAGUCGGCGCGCUUCCUGGGCUCCGAGGGCACUGGCAAUGGUCAGUUCCUGCGACCCCAGGGUGUGGCCGUGGACCAGGAGGGGCGCAUCAUCGUGGCCGAUUCCCGGAACCACCGGGUGCAGAUGUUUGAGUCCAAUGGCAGCUUCCUGUGCAAGUUUGGGGCUCAAGGCAGUGGCUUUGGCCAAAUGGACCGUCCUUCCGGCAUCGCCAUCACCCCUGACGGGAUGAUCGUCGUGGUGGACUUUGGCAACAAUCGAAUCCUUGUCUUCUAAUCACAUUUUCUGGGCUUCUGUGUUUUGGGGGGAGGGAGGGUAUGCAUCUCUCUCUCUUCUCUCUCUCCCUUCUCCUCCUCCUCCUCCUCCUCCUCCUGAAUUUCAAAGAAGAAACCGUCUCAGGGAAGUUUCUUUUUUUCUUUUAUUUUAAAAGAAAACAAGAAAAGUACAACAUUGCUUAAGUCCUACCUCAUCUAUUUUUUACAGAUGAAUGUACUUAUCUUUUCUGCAGGGAUAUUGAGCCUGCGAAGUGAUAAUUUCUAUCUACCUCAUGAACCUUUGCAUUUUCUUCUCCAGCGGGCCCUCUCCCACACACCCCCACCCCUUCCUCACUGGAGUCUCUUUCCCUCCUCACCCGUGUGGGGCGUGAUAGGCACAAGCCUCUCACGAGGUAGCUUUGGAGGGGCAUGAAUGAGUGUGAGGGGGUGUAUGUAUUCUGUAGAGUGAGCCAAGGAAACACGAAACUACUAAAUUUACUAAUAUAUAUAUAUGUGUGUGUGUAUAUAUAUAAAACACACACCAAAACAAAACCCCACAACAAAAUAAGGAAAAGUAGCAUUUUAAAGUGCUUCAUUAGAGCGUGCUGUGUUUUUGAGAAUAUUGUGUGUCUGGGUUUAGAUUGCGUCGUGUGAUCUUUUGGAGAAAAGUUUAGUUUAAAAUGCUGCAACAGAUUUUUCUGUGUUCUUUUAUACCUUAUCAUUGUGUGCUUAUCAUUUCCUGUUCAGCAUCUUUUCUUAGGCAUAGAUGAAGUGGCUGUGGCUUGCUAGCCAAGAACAGCAGACCAUUCAUAUUGUAGAGUGUUGUUGAGGGUUUUCUUGUUGCUUUUAAGGGAGGAGCGUGCGUGUGUGCGUGUGUGUGCGUGUGUGUGUGUGUGUGUGUAUCUGACGUGUGUGUGUAUAUCUGUACGUGUGCGCUGAAAGUGAAGCACCACUUUCCAAAGAAUCUUUUCUAAAUGUUUUAAGGCAAGGGAGAGAAUGAAAGAACUGUAUGUGUGUGCACACGAGCUGUAUGUGUGUGUGCACGCGUGCCAUCUUGCUCUAAAAAUGAUGUACCACCUUCCAAAGAAUCUUUUCUUUUCAGACUUCGGUGUCCUCCCUUCCCCCCCCCAUACCUGUAGUCCAGGAUUUUUUUUUUUUUUUUUAAUACUCUCAAAAGUUAAGUAUCCUUAGUUGGCUGUUGGUUUUAGGAGUGCAGUGGAAGGAGGAAGAUGAACCUCAUUCUCAGAAUGUUUCCAGACUCGGAUUGACGUGUGGCACGUGCCGUCCGUGGAGAGCUCCAGAAAGAAGCAGGGCAGCCCCAGGCCCGUGCUCCCACUCUAGGCUGAACGUGUUUCUGGAGCCAUAGUUUGCUAAGGAGAGUUAGGCAAAGGAAUGGACUUUUUCGUUGAAGCACAAUAUUCUCCUGCUUUGGACAUUCAAGGAGGCAGACGAUCUGCAAGUCAGAUGAGUGGGAACUGCGCAUCCCCCACACCCUGCUCAACUCCCGAGCCAGGCUGCGGGGGCACCUCAUACCUAACGGGAAUCUUCUCCCCCAAAGGCCUUUGAAUGUAUCUGAUCUGCUAGCCAAUUGCCCCAGCUGGAAACCUCGGACACCAGAUCUUUUGUCAGACCUCUUGUCGGUUGGUACCAAAGAGUGAGCACCUUGGCCACGGCCCCAGGACCCUGGGCUUGUCACUUUACAGGCUCCCGGUGUGCCGGGAGCUGCCUUGCCCCGGUAAUGGCGUUUACCUGGUGCUGGAAUAAGAAAUAGUGGCGGAAGGGGGGUGGGGGCCUCUUGAUUAGACAGAAGAAGAGAACUUUCUCUUACAACACGUUGUUUCAGGUGAACACAGUAAAUUCACACAUGAAACAAGUUGUUUAUCACCUCAAAAAAAAAAAAAGAAAAGAAAACCACAACUCCGCUAUUAUGAGACAUGGAUAGUAUUCCAUUAUAGUUCUGAAUAUUUAACUCACUACUUUAAGGUAGCCAGUGUCUGCCCGUUGCUUUAGUUCUAGGUUUCCGGGUAACCAAAAUUAAGGGGGGGGGGAACAGACCGUCCUCUUGUAACAGAUAAGCACGCAGUCAAGGGUCCCUCAGACUGCUGCAUCUCAGCUGCUGUGAUGGGGAGAAGAGGAGUUUUGGACUUUGUGUUUGUGUGUGUGUGUGUAAAAAUGCGUUUUCUUUCACUGAUGAAGAAUUUAAUGGUCCUUCCCAAUUCCUAUUCUGUUGCCUUUUUUACCUUCCCAGUCCUUAAAACACCAAAGACAACUGCUUUUAAAUACUUAAGUAUUUUUAUUGAGAAUAAGUUUUCUUAUCCAAGGAGCUUUCCUCAGAAGUUCUUAAAAAAUACUCUCAGAACCCUUGGUCACUCCUGUGUCAGGGUAAGUCAUGAUAGUAGCCACUACUGGAAUCAGACCCUCCUCAUUUCGUCCUCUGUGUCCUUUCCAAUUUCUCCUUCUGCGAGGAAUGAUCUCAGAGCCUGAGAGGAGUGUUUGUGGUGAAUAAAUAAUUAUAACUAAAACUAGCUGGGUGAUAAAGUCAGAGGGAUUUUUUUGUUGGUGUGUUUGCUUGCUUUGUUUUCGUUUUGGCUGAAAAGAUGAGGUCCUGACAGACCAGUUAGUGGGCUUUAAGCUGGUGAAGGCUGACCAGGGGGUGACUGCGUGGGUAGGGAGCUCUCAGUUGGUCGGACCUCUCCUUACCUCUCCGCCCCGGUGGAUGACUGCCAGGGGAGAAACGUGGUCACACUUGGAAAGCUUUUGUUUUUAAAACAUUGGUUGCCAGUGGCUGCCAUAGUGGACCGACUCCCGACACAAACAGAUGAGUGCUAAGCACGGUGGAGUCUUGCUUCUUGUACAAUGUGGAACGCUCCGGAUGAAAACGCGAUGGGUAGAGACAAGCUGCCGUCAGGCACCCCGGCGUAUUUCAGUUUACGUCCUCUGUCCAUCAUGAGACAGUUGGGUCCUGGGGGGGGGGGAGGGGAGGGGUGUCAACUCUCUCACCUGAUUCGAGGAUAAGAGUCCUGGGUGCUGGGAGGAAGUAGAAUAAAAUAUUCCCAAUAAGUGAGUGUGAUGUUGAGAAGAAUUCCCUUUGCGUGACAUCUGAUCAGGCUGAGGUCUGGAGUCCAUGUUCUGUUUGGAGGACGUCUGCCAGUUGGGUUUGAACAGAAUUGAUCGGGGUAUUCAGAUGAUGGUGACAGGAAAUCUAAAAGAGACUACAGUGAAGAACCGUUUUUGGCUGACACUGACUUGACAUUUCAAAAGUGUUAUAUAUAUUUUUUUCUCCCCCCCCCCCCCAAAAAAAAAAUUAGUUCCGUACGUGGUCCCGAGCAAAAAUGCCCUCUCUGAAGAGAAGCUGUGCACUGUUGUGUGGCUGGGAGCCCCUGGCCAGGCAGUUGCACCCCAAAUGCACUAACUCUUGGAUGGACGGAUGCCCUUUUUAAAGUCUAACUUCCGGGUCAACCAGAUACAAGGGAUCCGUAAGCAAACAUGUUGAGCCAAAAAAAAAAAAAUUAAAAAAAGAAAAACCCAAGUUGCCAGAUUAAAGGCACUUUGUGGUGGAGAUAGAAAAAGAGAACAGCUUGAGAUUGGCUCCGUCUCUUUCGUCCCUGUUAAGCCAAAGCUUAAUCAUUUGAGGAGGGAGGUCUCUAGGCUCCAGCAGCAGAAUCCCAUUUGAUCGUGGGCAAUUGAUUGGUUCGAAGACUGCUGCGUUCUGGUAGAUAGUGAAAGCUAUGCCAAAGUUCUAGAUUUGUUUUUGUUGUUGAGAAAAAAUAAAAAAAUCGAGGGUGCCAAAAAAGUAUUUAGGCUAUGUAUUUAAGACAUCACUCUUGCUGAAUUUCCAGCAGUCUGGGGCUGUAUAAAAAGUCAGACUCACCUUGCGUGUUUUGGUGUGUGAGACUCACAGCUCUUUCUGGCUUCCUGCAAGCCAAAGGCACAGGACAAGACACCCACACCCACCCCACUGCCGGCCUUGGUUUGGUUUCUUUUCUACCUCACUUGCUUUCUUUUCUACCUCACUUAAUUAACAACAGAAGUCAUCUACCUCAUUCGCACCUGAUGGGUCUUUGAGAAGUACAGUAUUUACCUACUGAGGAGCGGUCGGUGGGGGUUAGAAGCUACCUCCAGCGGGAAGUGUUUUCCUAGAUCCAGGGCUGAUGUCUCCCCCGAGGAGCAGACGCUUCACCUUGAAAAAGGAACUUUGAAACCAAAUAUUCCUUACUCAGCAGAGGGAGUCAUAAAUGCAGGUAUUUCUUGCCAGUCUGGCCUUCCCCCCCCCAACCCUACCCAGGAAUUCUGCACACCAUCCCACCAUGUUGUUCAGUAUUAGGAAGCUACCGGUUCACGGGACUUGACUUAACUGCAAACAAAGGCCUUUAGGUCUCUUUCUCUCUCUUCAAGAGAUAAAGGUUUUAUCUGUAUUUUGAAUGUCUGCAAAAAAUGCCCUUCGCGGAAUCAUUCCAAGAGGGCUAGUUGGUGAAACAUCAAACGCUUUGAAGGGAAUGAGAAGCCUUUAGACUUCUUGAUUGUACUUGGAGCCCUUCUGGGUCCGGGAUGGUGCCACAGUUACUGAAUGGGCACUGGUGAAUGUGUGUGUGUGUGUGCGCGCGUUUGUGUGUCUUUUUGUAUUUAAUUUUUUUUUUCCCUACCAAAGGUAACAUGUUGACGGGUUGUUCUUUCCCUUUGCUUGUUUAUUAAAUACUUGAUAAAGUUGAGAAGCACAUGACCGUGAUAAUGCUGUAUUGCCUCCAAGCCUCUCUCCAGCCCCCCUUCCCCCCCCCCCCCCCCCGUAGCUUUGGUUUGUUUUGGAGGAGGCUCCUUGGACCACUGUAACCGUUUUUGAGAAUGGGGUUGAUUGAAAAGGUCGUGGUGAAGAAAUACCUCAAUGAUGUCUAUUUUAAAAAACUGAUUCUUACGGGUUCACAAGCCAGCCUGGUGGGAUGUUUGCCAUCAUCAUUUAACCAGUAAUGGUUCUAAAAGUUGUGUGUAUCCACAUGGUCUUAGACCUCCUUUUAAUGAUUGUAUUAACUUAACAAGCUCAGGUAGUAUUUUUCUUAACGGCUCUACCUCAGAGCUCACUGACUGAAUGUUAACACGCGUAGCACAGUGUCUCCGCUCCUCGAAUAGGCAGCCCUGUCCUAGUUCUUGACGUUUCUAGCAGUCUGUGUAGUUGUCUUUCUUCAGAGGAAGAGUGUUCCUGUUUCUGGGGUUUCUGAUUUUUUUUAGGGUGGUAUGGUUUAUUUCUUUCCCCUCUCGCCUUCUCCCUGAAAAAAUCAGUACCGGGGAGGUGCGUGAGUGAGGGGUGUUGGUUUUGACUAGCAUG